CGGCGUGAUCCCGAAAAUUGAUCCUAAAGUGAUUAGAUUACUGAUUUGUUUUAAUUCAGUCAUGUCAUGUUGAAGAUUUUUCGAGGUACUUAGUCAUCGUUACUGAUAUACUGUAAGCAAAAUCAUCGUGUUUUACCAGUAUAGCUAUAAGCUGCUGAUUAACACACGAUGGAGCGUUGGGUUGGACGCGUUGCUUUGGUCACAGGAGCAAGUUCAGGCAUUGGUGCUGCCAUCUGCCGACAGCUGGUUGGUGCGGGCAUGAAAGUGGUCGGAGCAGCACGUAAUGCCGACAGGAUCCAGGCUCUUUCAAAUGAACUGUCAGGAAUGCCAGGAAGCCUGACAGCCAUGAAAUGUGACUUGACCAAAGAUUCAGAAGUCCUGAAUCUCUUCUCUGGCAUUAAGCAGCAGUUUGGUGGCGUUGAUGUCUGUAUCAAUAAUGCUGGGAUGUCUCACAACCACAGUCUUCUUGAUGGUACACCUGAAGAAUGGAGGGAAAUGUUGGAUUUGAAUGUAGUGGCUCUUUGUCUUUGCACUAAAGAAGCUGUGGCAUCUAUGAAGGAACGAAAGGUGGAUGAUGGCCAUAUCAUUCAUAUUAGCAGCAUCCUAGGACAUGUGGUCACUGGAAGUGCACCCAUACACUUCUAUACUGCCACAAAAUAUGCAGUUACAGCACUUUUAGAAGGCUUGCGGCAGGAGCUUCGAGCUGAAAAGUCACACAUACGUGUUUCGGCUAUUAGUCCUGGCCUAACUGAGACUGAAUUUUCUCCACGAAUGAGAAAAGAUGGACAUAAUGCAUAUAGUGCCUUCAAGUGUUUGCAAGCAGAAGAUGUUGCUUCUUCUGUAUUGCAUGCCCUGUCAGCUCCACCACAUGUACAGAUUCAUGAUAUUUUGAUGCGACCAACAUUUCAACCAGCAUAAAAGGAUAUCACCUUAUCAGCAAGUGCAAGAUUUUAAAUUAUAGUGUAAAAUUAUUGACUAUUAAAGAGUUUCUAACACUACUAAAUUGUUAUUCCUUCAUGUGAAGCAGGUUCCUGUUUUCUGUUUCAUAAUGUACCUUUUUGAUAAUUAAUUAAUAAAAUAUUAAAAGAA